GUUCUUCACAAGUGUAUGGAAACUUUUGACCACAACUGUAAGUCAUGGUAUUGCUGCACUGACUGACACUAAAAGGAAAACUGACUCGCAAGAUAGACAGUGGUCUUAAUCAUUUGUAUUACUCUUUUCUGAGUAAUGAUACUUUGUGGAAGUUUGCGUAUGCCAUUAGCAAAUCUGAAUAUUUUCUAUUUUGCCUGCAGUCAUCAUGUUUUGCCAGCGUGAGCUCAAAAGGAAGUUUAGUCGUAACGUGAUUCACUGUGCGCAAAGGGUGAACACAGUGUGAGUGUUCUGCUGACUUGCAGCGUCACGUCAAUGAAAGUGUUUUUGGGUAAAACACGUUUACGUAAACAUUCGCUCACUGGCUGCCAUUCAUAUGGAUAGCCUUCCAGUCCAAUUGUUUUGUAACACGGGUUUUCUGGUCAUUGCGUCAUCACACCCUGACCCGCGUUCACCCAAUCUGUUGCACAUGCAGUGUGUACAUGCAGGAUUUGCUGUUACAGUGGGGCAAAUAAGUAUUUAGUCAACCACUAAUUGUGCAAGUUCUCCUAACUGAAAAUAUUAAAGAGGCCUGUAAUUGUCAACAUGGGUAAACCUCAACCAUGAGUGACAGAAUGUGGAAAAAAAGACAGAAAAUCACAUUGUUUGAUUUUUAAAGAAUUUAUUUCCAAUUAGAGUGGAAAAUAAGUAUUUGGUCAAUACCAAAAGUUCAUCUCAAUACUUUGUUAUGUACCCUUUGUUGACAAUAAUGGAGGCCAAACGCUUUCUGUAACUCUUCACAAGCUUUUCACACACUGUUGCUGGUAUUUUGGCCCAUUCCUCAAUGCAGAUCUCCUCUAGAGCAGUGAUGUCAACACGGACUUUCAACUCCCUCCACCGAUUUUUUUAUGGGUUUGAGAUCUGGAGACUGGCUGGGCCACUCCAGGACCUUGAAAUGCUUCACUCCUUUGUUGCCCUGGCUGUGUGUUUGGGAUCAUUGUCAUGCUGAAAGACCCAGCCACGUCUCAUCUUCAAUGCCCUUGCUGAUGGAAGGAGAUUUUCACUCAAAAUCUCUCGAUACAUGGCCUCAUUCAUUCUUUACACAGAUCAGUCGUCCUGGUCCCUUUGCAGAAAAACAGCCCCAAAGCACGAUGUUUCCACACCCUUGCUUCACAGUGGGUGUGGUGUUCUUCGGAUGCAAUUCAGUAUUCUUUCUCCUCCAAACACGAGAACCUGUGUUUCUACCAAAAAGCUCUAUUUUGGUUUCAUCUGACCGUAAUACAUUCUCCCAGUCCUCUUCAGAAUCAUCCAAAUGCUCUCUAGCAAACCACAGACGGACCUGGACUUGUACUUUCUUCAGACACGUCUGGCAGUGCAGGAUUUGAGUCCCUGGCGGCGCAUUGUGUUACUGAUAGUAGCCUUUGUUACUGUGAUCCCAGCUCUCUGUAGGUCAUUCACUGGGUCCGCAUGUGUAGUUCUGGGAUUUUUGCUCACCGUUCUUAUCAUUUUGAUGCCACGGGGUGAGAUCUUGCAUGGACCCCCAGAUCGAGGGAGAUUAUCAGUGGUCUUGUAUGUCUUCCAUUUUCUAAUAAUUGCUCCCACAGUUGAUUUCUUUACACCAAGCGUUUUACCUAUUGCAGAUUCAGUCUUACCAGCCUGGUGCAGAUCUACAAUUUUGUCUCUGGUGUCCUCCGACAGCUGUUUGGUCUUGGCCAUAGUGGAGUUUGGAGUGUGACUGACUGAGGUUGUGGACAGGUGUCUUUUAUACCGAUAAUGAGUUAAAACUAGGGUUGUUCCGAUCAUAUUUUGUUGCUCCUGAUCCGAUCCCGAUCGUUUUAGUUUGAGUAUCUGCCGAUCCCGAUAUUUCCCGAUCCGAUUGCUUUUUUUUUGUGCUCCCGAUUCAAUUCCAAUCAUCAUCCGAUAAUUUUUCCCGAUCAUCUACAUUUUGGCAAUGCAUUAAGAAAAAAAUGAAUAAAACUCGCACGAAUGUAUACAUUCAACAUACAGUACAUAAGUACUGUAAUUGUUUAUUACGUAUGACAAUAAAUCCUCAAGAUGGCAUUUAUAUUAUUAACAUUCUUUCUGUGAGAGGGAUCCACGGAUAGAAAGACUUGUAAUUCUUAAAGGAUAAUUGUGACUUUGUAUAUUGUGGCUAAAUAUUGCCAUCUAGUGUAUUUGUUGAGCUUUCAGUAAAUGAUACUGUAGCCAUUUAGCUGUUCUGCCCAAUUGCAUGAUGGGAAGUGCAACCAUGACUGUGCGUAGUGGUACCAAUUGAUAUAUCGUCUCUGCGUUGGGAAAUAACAUAGGGUGUUAAGAAAAAGAUCAAUUACUACCUUUCUUCCCCACAUUGUUUCACACGAUAUUUCUAAUCGUAGGGAGAGGGAUUGUAGGGCUUUAGCCAAUUAAAAAAAGGCUCCAAAGGCUGUCAAAAUUCACUCUACUCAUUUUACGCUGCCUUUUAGCUCUAUAUAUAGGUAAAACGGCGCCAUUACAGAUUGAACGCAGCAAUGUGUGAGUGGGUCGUGCAGCGCAUGCGUUAAUUGCGUUAAAUAUUUUACCGUGAUAAAGUUUUCAAAAAAUUACUGCCGUUAACGGGAUAAAUUUGAUAAUCCUACCUAAAGACUCUGGAUGAGUGUAACAUAUUAUGUCUGUAAAGUUAAAUACAAUUAGAAAACGAUAUCAUUAAAAAAUAUAUACAGUGGGGAGAACAAGUAUUUGAUACAUUGUUGGCAGUGUAUCAAAUACUUUUUAUAUAUUAAAAAAAAGCAUGUCCGAUAUUUUUUUGCCGAUUCCGAUACUUUGAAAAUGACGUGAUCGGACCCGAUCGAUCGGUGAUCGGGACAUCUGUAGUUAAAACAGGUGCCAUUAAUAAAGGUAACGAGUUGAGCCUCGUUAGAAGAAGUUAGACCUCUUUGACAGCCAGAAAUCUUGCUUGUUUGUAGGUGACCAAAUACUUAUUUUCCGCUCUAAUUUGGAAAUAAAUUUAAAAAUCAAACAAUUUGAUUUUGGUUUUUUUUCCACAUUCUGUCUCUCAUGGUUGAGGUUCACCCAUGCUGACAAUUACAGGCCUCUCUAAUCUUUUCAAGUAGGAGAACUUGCACAAUUGGUGGUUGACUAAAUUCUUAUUUGCCCCACUGUACAUAGGCCAGACAGAAACACUCUGGAAAAUUUUGGCUGUAACCCUUUUUUUUUUUUUUUUUGUGACACCUUUUAAAAUGAUGUAUCUAAUAGUAAUUUUAUAGCGGCAAGCCUGUUUUGACACCUCGCGUGUGGGGAGAGAGAAUGGAAUCCCCAAUGAAAAGGUUUGAGUCAGUGGGUGGAGGCUAAAGCGAGUUAGAAAUACCAGCCCCCCUUUGGUGGGACGCUCACUCUAGCACGCGCUGCUCCUCCUGAAUCACUUUCGGAAUCCUCUUCAUUCCACGCAGUCAUGUUGAGAAACAGCGUUUUCUCCUGUUUUGUUUUCUACGCUGUGCUGCUGGUCCUUAAGAUGUACAUGCUGGCCUUCAUCACCGGACAACUCAGGCUACGGAAGAAGGCUUUUGCUAACCCAGAAGACGCCAUGAGACACGGAGGACCUCAAUUUCACAGGCUGGAUCCGGACGUGGAAAGAUGCCGCAGAGCUCACCGCAAUGACAUGGAGAAUAUCUUCCCCUUUCUUUUCCUGGGUGCCAUCUACUCCAUGACGGGCCCGUCUUUGGGUGUGGCCCGCCUCCACUUCCUGGUGUUCACGGCGUGCCGGAUGCUUCACAGCGUCGCCUACUUGGCCGCUUUGCCGGCGCCCACCCGCUCGCUAGCCUACGUGCUAGCGCAGGUACCCUGCGUGUCCAUGGCAUUGCAGAUUCUGGCAGCGGUCGCCACCUACGCUUAAGCAUUGACCUCAAAUCGGACUCUCUGGAGUUUCAUGAAGGCGAAAGGCGAGGGUUUCCCAGACUUGAAUUUUACUUAUCUUUUAUCGCUAAAGCUAGCGUACUAUUUUAAUCAUUUUUUUGAGGGAAAAAAAUGCCUCUUUUCAUAAAAAUGGACAUAAGUUUUGCCCUCCAUGAACGUAGCGUGUUUUCGUGAUGACUUUUAACGAAUUUUAGUGUUUUCGUAAACAUCAACGACAAUUUAUGUCUUACAAACUUACCAUACGUGUUUUGGGAAUUGUUUUAAACAAAGUCGCGUUUUUGUACACGUGGACAACAAUUAUAUCAUCAGGAAACCCAACAUUCUUUUGUAAUAUUUUUUUCCGAAAAAAAAAAAAUCAUUUUUCGUAAACAUUAACGAUAAUUUUGUUUUUCGUAAACGUGAAUUACGUGUUUUUGCAAGUGCCUUUAAUGCCAACAAAAUUAUCUUUUUGUAAACAUGGACAACAAUUAUGUCGUUAUAUUUUUCUUCCGGAAAAAAAAAAAAUCACUUUUCGUAAACAUCAACGAUAAUUUUGUCUUUCGUAAACGUGAAUUACGUGGUUUUGCAAGUGCCUUUAACCAAGGGAAUGUUUUUUCAUGAACAUGAACACAAACGACAAUUUUGCCUUCUGCGAACUUACGUACGUGUUUUCGGAAACAUCAACGACGAUUUUUUUUGUACACAAAUUCACUGUACUUGAUUUGGUAAUUGUUUUCAAAGUUUUGUAAACAUGGACAACAAUUAUGUCGUCAGCAAACCUAACAUUGUUUUGUCAUAUUUUUUUCAGGAAAAAAAAAAAAUCACUUUUCGUAAAAGUCAACAACAAUUUUGUCUUCCGUAAACGUGAAUUACGUGUUUUCACAAUUGUCUUCAACUAAGAGAAGGGUUGUGUUUUCAAGAAUACAAACGACAAUUUUUUCUUCAUCGAACUUACGUAUGUGUUUUCGUAAACUUUUAACGACAAUUUUUGUCUUACAAACUCACGUGUUUCGGUAAUUGUUUUCCACAAACUGGCCUUUUUGUAAACAUGGACAACAAUCGUGUCGUCAGAAAACCUAACAUCUUUAUGUAAUUGUUUUUUUUCCGGAAAAAAAAUUACGUUUUCCAUAAACGUGAAUUAGUUUUCACAAGUGUCUUCAAUCAAGGGAAUGAUUGUGUGAACACAAACAUUAACACUAACGACAAUUUAAUCUCCUGCGAACUUCGUCGUAAAGACUAAAUCGCGUAAGUCAAGUACGUCAUAAUCCGGGGACUACCUGUAUCCUAGAAUGAUUUCCUGACCCCGAUAAUUGUUUUAUUGCCAUAUCGUGAGAUUAUCAUUAUCAAUGAUCCUUGUAUCGCAAAUCAAAAACGCUUGGGAAACCCUGCUUUUCACUCCUGUUGUUUACACACAAACUGUGCAUGGCGGAAGUGUGUUGUGACAGCAUCAAAAAUAGAGUCAAGCCGCCUUUAUUUUUUUGCUGUCUUUUUUUUUUUUUUCUCUACUUGAAAACUCGAAGGAAGCUCAUACCGACUGAAUAUUUCAUAUGUUGGAUUAUUUAUUAUUUAAGAAAUUUUUACAUUUGAUAAAACAGUUUUUUUGUGUGCAAGUUGAGAAUAAAAGCGUCAAUGCAGAGA